CCUAAAACAUGCAGGAUACAGGACCGGUGUAGGCUUGACGAAAUAGAGAAAUAUAAGUAAUCAGGCCCUUUUAUUGUCCUACCCUACACACCCCCUCGCAAUAUAUACAUAUAUUUGUAAACACUGUUCCAAUUCAGCAGUCAGCUCCUCUCUCAUCAGCUGUUCACUUCUUCACUUGAGCAGUUCAGUCGGUAGUAAACAUGGAGCCUGUCGCACACCUUAUCAAAGUUUCCGUGCCAAAUUAUUUGUCUGACCUACCGAUUCCCGACUCGAUUGGAGGAUGGUUUCGACUGGGAGUGAAGGACUGGCUCUCUCUGAUACCACCCACAGCAGUUCUUGCUGGCAUUGGUUACAUGUCCUACGUAGCUUUCUGCCCAAAAGCUCGUAAAUCGAACCAGGUGAAUCGUACAAUAAACAAAAAUAAUCCUAAAGUUGUUGAUAUGGUAGAUGUUGAAGAUAUUACUGAAAAAACUGUGUUCUGCCGCUGUUGGAAAAGUCAAAACUGGCCGUACUGUGAUGGUGCUCAUGGAAAACACAAUCAAUGUACUGGUGACAAUGUGGGCCCGCUUGUUAUUACUAAGAAAUAAAUAAAUAAAUGUACAUGAAAAUCCAUUGAAGUCGUUACCUACAUUUUAUAGUCUAUUGGAGUGACUGGAAUAAGUUUAGGUUAAGAAAAAAUAUAAUUGGAUUGUACAACGUCCAACUUGAUUGGAUAAUUUUUUUAUUCUUUAAUGCUUAUUUAGCAUUCGAUGCAGUAUUCAUUAUUAAUCAUUGAAAAACGUUGAAUAAAUAAUUCUAAAAAAUUGUA